ACAGUUUUUCCAGAUCUAGCAACGCCGUCGCUGAGUGUCGUUCUUUUUUGUGCUGGUUUACUACGUAAAAGUGUUGCUCGCUUUACGUUCGUGCGAUAAAUAAAUUAGUAUCAUUCCCAACCGGUCGUCCAGAGUAGCUCCUUCUUGGGCAGACGGUCGAAACGAAGGAUUGCCAUCCGAUUUCCUGGCUAAAUCCGAUAUCGAAACCAAGAGUUUGGUCCAAAGUGCGUGCGAGUGUGUUGGUGCGUUUCAUUUCGCGUGCGAGUGUGUGUGUGCGUGUGUCGUCGUAGCAGCAGCGCCAGUGGAGGAAGAAGAAGCAGCAGCAGAAAAGGAGCAGCGCAAGAAGAAGAUUGUCCAGGCACAUUUGCCGGAACGGGAAGGAACCCGUAACUUGGAAGGGACACAAGGCGAGAGAGCGAGUUAGAGGAGAGAGAAAUGCAACAACAACCGGAGUCCGGAGGCGAGGAGAGCUGGCUGGAGGAGCAGUGUCACCGAGAAAUCCACGGUCAGCACGAUGAAUACGAACGGGAGUUUGUGCGUCAGCGGGAUAACAAUCUGGGCACUGUUUGGGGAGCAUUCCAAGAUUCGGCCACCGCCGUUGCACAGCUGUACAGAGAACGCUCAUCGAACACAUUUUCCUCAGACACAGGCGCCCUUUGGCUGCCCUUCCAGACCGCAGCUGGCACUGUGACAACACUCUACAAAGAAUCAUGUGAUGGUCUCAAACGCACCAGCGACGCUGCCAUUCAAUGCGGCUACCAAAGACGCACUCGCGAAUUGGCCGAUUGGGCGCGAAGCAAAAAACGCCGCAUGAUUCGCCGCGAGGAUCUGUUGGCCUAUUUGGCCGGAAAGCCACUACCGCCAUGCAACUCAAAUCCACAUGCCAAUCGUCGUUCGCCGAAGCCGGAGCAUCACCACCAGAGUGGCAGUGGUGGCUCUGGCCUGGGAUUCCACGGCUCCGGAUUGGGCCUGACCGGUGGUCCGCUCACGGCUGCCGGGGGUGGGCACUUGCUGUCCGCCGGAGCAGCCGGUGGCCGUCAGGAGGGAACGGGCGGUGCCCCCGGCGGCGGAAUCGGCGAUGACUUGCACACGUUCAAGGAGGCCUUGGUUUUGCGGCCACGUGGCCCGGAACUAUUGGCAUUUGUCGCCAACGAAAUCGCGCGACAUUGCAAGCGUCCCGGGAGUCCCAUUGACGACAAAAUGGACAUUUGCCACUACAGUAGUAAACGCCAGCGCUUCAUGUAAUCCACAAGCAAUUGCAAUUGCGAUCCCAGCCCAAAGCCAAGCUCCCGGUCACUAGGACACCAUCUAGCUACUCCACCUCGUCUGAUUAAAAAUGAAAAUGGAAAUGAAAAGGAAAAAUAUAAAGGCCACUGCGAGCGAAUUGUGUCGAAGGCUUGCGAGAACGAGAACAUAAGUAGUAACUUUAUGUUAAGAUUUUCAGUUUAAGAAUUGCCUACCGUAUUUUUUUUUUUAUAAAAUCAACCCACUUUUAGCCACCCACUUUGUGCACAUACAUGCAGCAAAUGUACGUAAAACACACAAAAAUCACACGCAUGAAUAGGGUUAAGUUAUGUUUUAGUUGAUAGCACUUAAGAAAAAAGUCAUGUCGAUUGUAAUGACACCAGAAGAUGUUUAUGUUAUAAGGAUAAUGCCGAUGGUGGGCACAAACUGUUAAUCAUUGUCAUCAUGCAUUAAUGCGAACGGAGUGAAAAGCUUAGGAGUACGAUAUCUGUUAUAUGCCAGCUGUGCGUCUGAUUUACGAUUACGAUUAAGCGAAGCAGUAAUAGUGAAUGGUAUUGUAAAAUGCAUAACCCCAAUAUAGUAUACAUAUAUAUAUAUAUUUUUUUUUUGCAUUAUGCAAACGACAAAUGAAGCUGUGUAAAUAACAACAAAAUAAGAGACACCCCCAGAAAUCCGAAGCAGAAAUAUAAUGUUACAUAUUUAUAUAUAUACACUCCUUGUAUAUGCUACUUAAAGCCGCCUCUACCGCCUCAUUUCAUCCGAUUUCCGGAACUUGCAGCUCAAAAUGUCACAUAUGCGGUGUCCGACGAAAUCGAAAUUGUGCCCAUAACUCAUGGCGGUUGAAGGAGCUGAAAAGGAACUCCGACUGAACUAUGGCUAAUGAUCGGUUCGAGAUGUAACUCAAAUAUCUCUUUUUAGGCAAUCCGAGUUGUGGAUGCUUGACUGUAUUCCCAAAUAUGCCGAGUCUGUCCUGACAUUAGCUAUAGUUCUAUCGGGGCGUAUCCAAACUAAAACUAUGAUGUGCAAUCCGUGGUGAUUGUGACUCCAAGCUUGCCGAGUUAUACCAGAUACCCCCCCACAACUAUUUAUACAUAUAUAGAUAGCUAUGUAUAUGAGUAGCAUACGAUGAUGUAACAUUGAUCCACGUAGAGUUCGGUGAGAGAAAUCCGGAGGCAGAGAAUUACUAAAGUAAAAUAUUGAAGAGGCAGCAAGCCGUAUAAAUUAAUUGUGUAUCGGCGUGAAGUCAAGAGUCGGGAAUCGAAGUCCUAUGAAAAUAUUGCGUUGUAAUUGUAUGUACUAAAAUCUAAACGAUUAUUAAAAAAAAUAAUAAUAAAAGAAAUCCAUAAGAAAGUCGAAAAACAAUACCUUAAUGCAAAGAACAACCGGCGAGAGAUCCGAAAACAAAAUUGUAAGUUAAAUAAAAACGUAUGAAAAAAAGAACAGAAAAAUGCAAAGCAAAUGUGGUUUAUAUUUAACGAGGGGUUAAUUUAAACAUAUAGCAUCUUUAUCAGCGAGUUUGAGAAUAUCCAUAAAAAUCGUUCAAGUCCCAAAAAUUUGACACACAAAAAUAUCUGUUUCAUUUUACAUUGAAAUUCAUUGCUAUUUUUAUUUCGUAUUUCAUUAAUAUUAAUUACAUUUCUUGUAUAUAUCUUGUGUGUAUAUAUAUAUGUAUAAUUUUAUUUCCAUGUAAUUUAUGUUUCGUUUGUUGAUUUUGUUGACUGCUCAAAGCUGGCGAAUAUGUUCGUUUCGAAGGUUAUCUAAAAUUAGUUACGAAAACUCAGCGAAAAUAUAUAUAUAUCCUGUUUGCAAUUCUGGCCGGUUACACUGACAAAUAAAUGUGGAAAAUAUCGUGUAAAUUUCAAAAAUAGAAACUGUCAGCCAACAAACACAACGCUUUUUACUCAAAAAAUAAUUGGCUGUCGGUGAUUAAAUUCGCAAGUAAAAUAGAGUCAACUCUUGUUUGCUUUCUCGUUGAAAGUAAGCAAUAAGUUAGCAAAAAAUAACAAUUAAAAAAUAGCAGUUAACUAUUUCGAAUACGAAUCCCCAGAAGACGCGAGCCGAUCUUUUCACAUUGUAUAUAUAUAUAUUUCUAAAAGGUAAAGCGAUGAAAAUGUGUGCCAAAAGCAGCUCUUCUAAUCAUGGAACACUUAUGGAACGAAUAGAACGCGCUUUGUUUUUAAUUUUUCCUUUUUUUUUUGUUUUGAUGUUAUCAUUUUAACAGCAACAGAAACGAGAGAGCAUAGUUAUAGGAUAUUGAUUUGUGGUGGCGCGGAGGUGAAGGGAGCGGGGUAAUCGGGGCUGAAACAACAAUUCAGAUUUAGCAAGAUUUCCUUCUCUACAAUUAUGUGGUUUAUUAAAUACAUAUGGAUAUUCCUUCAUAUUGUAUAUUAUGUAUAUAUAAUUCAUUUGAUUUACUUAAACGCU